AUGUAUCGCCCUUUUUUAUCGGUCGUCGUGGGCCUCUGCCUGUACACGCGCUGGGCGGUCGCUGCUUUGACCUCGGCUGAAAUUGCCAACUCUCUCAACGAACUAGCACAGCAAGGGUUCGCCGCCAAGGAUCUCGUAUUGGAAAUCGAUUCCACUGCGGACGCUGGUCCAAUUCCGGACAUCUACACUGAGAUGGACACGAUGGUCGCUGUGGUUCUAACAGAUGUAAACUUUAUGACGAACACGCCGAUAAUUACCGAUCAGGCGGAGGAGCAGGACGUCUAUGAGGGAUACUCAAAUUUCGUACAAUCCCUCCUCGAACUCAUGGACGCUUUAUCGAGCAGCGCAGCGCAGCUGAAAUCCAUCGACCAAACAACCAAGAACAAAGUUCCUUUCGAAAUUCGCAUCUUGCAAAGUGCCGUUGACAUUGCCGAUGAGAUGCUGACACCUCACGAGGCCUACUUCUACAACAUCAUCGGUCUCUUCCCAGCCUACAGCUCGUACAAUGCCCAGGCCAGUAACCAGAAAGCCCAGGUGGAUACGCAUUGCUUCCAGGCUGUCUGGGCAUUUGAUCGGUCAUAG